AUGAGAUUAUUAACUGACGAAGAAACUAAAGUCUUUUUCACUAAGCUUUCAGAAUACAUUGGCCCAAACAUUAAAUUCUUAAUCGAUAGAACUGAUGAACCUCACGUUUUCCGUCUUGUAAAAGAUCGUGUUUAUUACAUGAGUGAAUCAAUUAUGAAAUAAGCUCAAAAUAUUGGCAGAGACUAGUUGAUGCACGCUGGUACAUGCUUUGGUAAAUUCACUAAGGGUGGAAAAUUCAGAUUGAGCAUCACUUGUUUAGAUUAUUUAGCCAAGUUUGCCAAGAAUAAAGUCUGGCUCAAACCUUAGGGUGAACAAUCUUACUGUUACGGUAACCACGUUAUUAAGGCCCACGUAGGUAGAAUGACUGAAAAUAUAGUUUAAUACGCUGGUGUUGUUAUUUUCUCUAUGAAUGACAUGCCUCUUGGUUUUGGUAUUGCUGCCAGGGGUACUCUUUAAGCCAAGGAUAUGGAUCCUACUGGUGUUGUUGUUUUCAAUCAAAGUGAUGUGGGUGAAUAUUUACGUAACGAAGACGAAGAAAGAUCUGCUGCUUAAUAAAAUCAAUAAUAGUGA